AUGCGCGAGCCCAGCGAGACGACACCGCAAGAUCACGCGGAGGAGGAGCAGGGUGCGGCGGAACGAAGUGGGCCCAGGGGUCCCCACCACCCGCGCCCACGAAGCCAGCCCCCGCAGGCAGCGGACGGCCGGGACGCACAAGAGACCCCACUGGGUCGUGCGGCAGGAGAGCAGCGAGGGGAGCGACAGGCGCAGCUGGAGGCGCGGUGUGUGGCGAUGACUCCACGUUCAAACGAUGGAGCGCCUUCUCCACGCCGUCCGGCUUCUGAAGGAGACGCUCCAUUACGGACGGCGCUUGACGCGCUGUCCUGCCGCGGCCAUAGCCGCCCUGUCGCCCACGUCGCCCACGGCCACUUGUGGUCGAGCGCACCAGCGAUUGCUGGCGAGAUGGGAUCCGCUGGCGCUGGCGGUCAGGAGAUCGGCCCCUGUGACGAGGAUAGUAGAGCCGCUGGCGCUUUGACGGCCGCGGCGAAUGCGCAGACGGGGACCGAUGGCGAGAGGCGUGGGGAGCGGGCGAUCGGUGACGUGUCGAAUGGCGACCGGGCGAAUGGUGACGACGCGACCGACGGUCUCGAGACUGGCUCCUCGACGCCACCCGGCGAGGUGAACGUGGCGAGCAGGGCGAAUGCGGCGCCCGAGGUGAUCGAGGCUCGGCGUGACGCACAUGGCGGCUCUGCCGCCCGUCGCCACGCACCACCGUCGAACGGCGACGAGGCGAACGCUCCCGGUGCGCUGCAGCCACUGCGUCGGAGCGUACAACGGACUCCGGACGCUCGCGGCAGGACGCGCAGGAGGAAGGGGACGUGGAGCGAGUUCGCUCACCGCGGAACAUCCGCGAUCAAGGCCAGCAAGCGGAUCCGUUCGAUCGACGGGAGGAUGGCGCACGACCAGCAGGCGGCCGUCGCGGCGGAGGAAGAACAGCAGACUGAGGAGGGAGAGCAGCUGGACGCGGCGGGAGAGCUCGAGGAGGAGGACAAAAAAACGUGUACCAGCAAGCGGGACGGCGGGCUUUAA